AUGGAGAACAGGACCGAAGUCACACAGUUCAUCCUCCUGGGACUAACCAGUGUCUCCGAACUUCAGGCACCCCUCUUUGUCCUGUUCCUUCUCAUCUACCUCAUUAAUGUGAUGGGAAACCUAGGGAUGAUUCUGUUGAUUCUCUUGGACUCCCAUCUUCACACCCCCAUGUAUUUUUUCCUCAGUAACUUGUCGUUGGUGGACAUUGGAUACUCCUCAGCUGUCAUUCCAACAUUCAUGGCUGAAUUCCUAAUGGGAGACAAGGUCAUUUCCUACAAUGCCUGUGCUACUCAGAUGUUCUUUUUUGCAGUUUUUGCCACUAUGGAAAAUUUUCUUUUGGCUUCCAUGGCUUUUGACCGUUAUGCAGCGGUGUGUAAACCACUGCAUUACACCACCACAAUGACGAGAAGUGUAUGUGCUAGUCUGGUCACAGGCUGCUACAUCUGCAGUUUCCUGAAUGCCUCCAUCCAUGUGGGGGAGACAUUCAGCCUCUCUUUCUGUGGGUCCAAUGUGGUCCACCACUUCUUUUGUGAUGUGCCCCCCGUCAUGGCUCUGUCUUGCUCUGAUAGACACAUUAAUGAGCUCGUGCUUGUUUGUGUAGCCAGCUUCAACGUCUUUUUUGCUCUCCUUGUUAUCUUAAUAUCUUAUACAUUCAUUUUUGUCACCAUCCUAAAGAUGCACUCAACUGCAGGGUACCAGAAGGCUCUGUCCACCUGUGCUUCUCACUUCACUGCAGUCUCCAUUUUCUAUGGGACCAUUAUCUUCAUGUACCUACAGCCCAGCUCCAGUCAUUCCAUGGACACAGAUAAAAUCGCAUCUGUGUUUUACACCAUGGUCAUCCCCAUGCUGAACCCUGUGGUCUACAGUCUGAGGAACAAGGAGGUGAAGGGUGCAUGCAAAAGAAUUGUUUUGCAGGCAAAAUUGUCUCUCUGUGUUCACUUUUAA